AAGACUAAAAUUACACAAUAUUACAGUUCAGUCUGCCGAAAUGAAUUUGAGAACUAUUAGUAUCGACUUCCUCAAAUGUGAGAAUGAACGGCAACACAAUACUGCUGAAUAUGACAACCACCAUCUCAUUCUGAGAAGAGGACAAGGGUUCAUGAUAAAGAUUAUCUUUAAUAGGGAAAUUACACCAAAAGACAGUGUUAAACUGCAGUUUACAACUGGUAACCGGGCAAAAUUAGCAAAUGGUACCCUUAUUCUUCUUGAGCUGAGUCCUAAGGGUCUAACACAGCAUUGGAGUACAACGAUUCGCCAGUGCAACGGCAAAGAGUACUUGAUUGCAGUCCAUAGUCCUGCUGAUGCCAUAAUUGGGAAAUACACUCUGAGCAUCAUAACAGGGAAAGGAAUUGUUUAUGUUCCCAAAGAUCAAACAAUUUACCUCUUAUGCAACCCUUGGUGCAAAGAGGACACUGUAUUCAUGCCAAAUGAAGACUGGAGGAAGGAAUAUGUUAUGAAUGACACCGGAUAUAUUUAUGUUGGACAGUCCAGUCGAAUUGUUAACAGGCCUUGGAACUUUGGACAGCAUGAAGUUGAUGUCUUGGAUUGCUGCAUGUAUCUCCUGGAUAAAAGUGAACUCAAACCUGCAGCUAAAAGGGAUCCAGUGAUAUUAUCCCGGAAAUUCUCAGCACUUGUUAAUUCCAAUGAUGAUAAAGGAAUACUGACAGGGAACUGGUCUGGCCAGUACAGUGGCGGUGUAUCUCCCACAACCUGGACAGGAAGUAGCGCCAUUUUGCAGCAAUAUUACAAAACCAAAAAACCUGUAAAUUUUGGACAAUGUUGGGUUUUUUCUGGAGUUAUUACCACAGUAAUGCGUUGUCUUGGAAUCCCAGCAAGGAGUGUUACCAACUUCAAAUCCGCUCAUGAUACAGAAGAGAAUCUAAAAAUUGAUGUUUACUUCAAUGAAAAUGGAGAAAAGUUGGAUGACUGGUCCUCUGAUUCUGUUUGGAAUUUCCAUGUAUGGAAUGACGCGUGGAUGAGACGCCCUGAUCUUCCUGCUGGGUAUGACGGCUGGCAAGCAAUCGAUGCCACCCCACAGGAACUAAGCCAGGGUAUAUUUCAGUGUGGACCUUGCUCUCUAACAGCAAUUAAAAAUGGAGAUGUAUAUCUGCCAUAUGAUGCAAAGUUUGUUUUUGCUGAAGUCAAUGCAGACAGGGUCCACUGGAUGGUAAAGGAAGACAAUGGGGAAGAGGACGUUGUACAGAUAAAAGAGGAGAAGACUUCCAUUGGGAAACAUAUUAGCACCAAAAGUGUAAAUAAUAACCUGAGAGAGGACAUCACAUCACAAUACAAGUAUAAAGAGGGGUCUGAAGAUGAGAGGAAAACUUUUCAAAAUGCCUGUUCUUACCUGAAAUCUGACACAUGCUUAGUGUAUGCGGCGCCACCUCCGCCACCUCCACCUGGCAUUAAAUUAAAUUUAAUUGGGGACAAAGAUGUACUGCCUGGAAACCCUAUCACAUUGACCAUCUCCGUUGAAAAUGAAUCAAGUGAAGCAAAGACGGUCAACGUUGUUAUCGGCUGCCAACUUCAGUCCUAUACUGGAAAGGUCAUUGCUAACUUGGCAUCUGUCACACAGACUGUUGAAGUUGCAGGAAAUGAAGCUGCCUCCAUCCCUUUGAAAGUUGAUGCUCACGACUACAUGAAAUCUGUGACUUUGUUUGAGGAUGAACUUAUUGUCCUGGUCAACGUUAUUUCUGAAACCAAAGAGACACAGGAGAAGAACAGUGAGAACCUGGUUAUAGCCUUCAAAUAUCCUCCCAUUAUAGUGGAUAUGCCAGAAACUGGAAAGAUCGAUGAAGACUUCUCUUGUACUUUUACUUUCAAGAACACUCUUAGCAUUCCACUAGAAAAUUGUCAGCUUCAUGUGGAAGGUCUGGGCAUUUUCAAACUAGAGAAGUUUGAUCAAGGGGAUAUACGCCCAGGAGGAAUCUUCCGUUCCAAGAUCAUAUGUGCACCAAAAAAAACUGGGGAGAAGAAAAUUGUGGCUGAGCUUAUCUCCACUCAAGUCAAAGGGAUUUCUGCGGAGAAGAUGAUUACAAUCACUAAGUAAAAAAUGGGGGGGAAAAAAUCUUGCCAUGUAUUUCUCAUAUAAAUUGGGCAUUGCAAGCCCAAGAAUUCAUGUUGUUGGAUUUCCUUUCUUAAAUAAAUACUAUAUAGUAAAUACAA